AUGGACGUGGACGUGGACGUGGACGUGGACUUGGACGUGGACGUGGAUGUGGACGUGGACGUGGACGUGGACGUGGACAUGGACGUGGACGUGGACGUGGACAUGGACGUGGACGUGGACGUGGACGUGGACCUGGACGUGGACGUGGACGUGGACGUGGACAUGGACGUGGACAUGGACGUGGACAUGGACGUGGACGUGGACAUCGACGUGGACGUGGACGUGGACGUGGACAUGGACGUGGACAUGGACAUGGACAUGGACAUGGACAUGGACAUGGACGUGGACAUGGACAUGGACAUGGACAUGGACAUGGACAUGGACAUGGACAUGGACAUGGACGUGGACAUCGACGUGGACGUGGACAUCGACGUGGACGUGGACAUGGACGUGGACAUGGACAUGGACGUGGACAUGGACGUGGACGUGGACGUGGACGUGGACGUGGACGUGGACGUGGACGUGGAGGUGGACGUGGAGGUGGACGUGGAGGUGGACGUGGAGGUGGACGUGGAGGUGGAGGUGGACGUGGACAUGGACGUGGACGUGGACGUGGACGUGGACGUGGACGAGGACGUGGAGGUGGACGUGGACGUGGACGUGGAGGUGGACGUGGAGGUGGACGUGGAGGUGGACGUGGACGUGGACGUGGAGGUGGACGUGGACGUGGAGGUGGACGUGGAGGUGGACGUGGACGUGGACGUGGACGUGGACUUGGACGUGGCCGUGGACGUGGAAAUGGACGUGGACGAGGACGUGGACAUGGACUUGGACGUGGACGUGGACGUGGACGUGGACGUGGACAUGGACGUGGACGUGGACGUGGACGUGGACGUGGACGUGGACCUGGACGUGGACUUGGACGUGGACAUGGACGUGGACGUGGACGUGGACAUGGACGUGGACGUGGACAUGUACGUGAACGUGGACGUGUACGUGAACGUGGACGUGGACGUGGACGUGGACGUGGACGUGGACAUGGACGUGGACGUGGACGUGGACGUGGACAUGGACGUGGACGUGGACAUGGACGUGGACGUGGACGUGGACAUGGACGUGGACAUGGACGUGGACAUGGACGUGGACGUGGACAUGGACGUGGACGUGGACAUGGACGUGGACGUGGACGUGGACGUGGACGUGGACGUGGACAUGGACGUGGACAUGGACGUGGACUUGGACGUGGACGUGGACUUGCACGUGGACGUGGACAUGGACAAGGACGUAGAAAUGGACGUGGACGUGGACGUGCACAUGGACGUGGACGUGGACGUGGACAUGGACGUGGACGUGGACAUGGACGUGGACGUAGAAAUGGACGUGAACGUGGACGUGGACAUGGACGUGGACGUAGACGUGGACGUGGACGUGGACGUAGACGUGGACGUGGACGUGGACGUGGACGUGGACAUGGACGUGGACAUGGACGUGGACGUGGACGUGGACGUAGAAAUGGACGUGGACGUGGACGUGGACGUGGACAUGGACGUGGACAUAGACAUGGACGUGGACGUGGUCGUAGAAAUGGACGUGGACGUGGACAUGGACAUGGACGUGGACGUAGACGUGGACGUGGACGUAGAAAUGGACGUGGACGUGGACGUGGACGUGGACAUGGACAUGGACGUGGACGUGGACGUGGACAUGGACGUGGACAUGGACGUGGACGUGGACGUGGACGUAGACGUUGACGUGGACAUGGACGUGGACUUGGACAUGGACGUGGACAUGGACGUGGACAUGGAUGUGGACGUGGACGUGGACGUGGACGUGUACAUGGACGUGGACGUGGACGUGGACAUGGACGUGGACGUGGACGUGGACAUGGACGUGGACAUGGACGUGGAUAUGGACGUGGACGUGGACAUGGACGUGGACAUGGACGUGGACGUGGACGUGGACGUGGACGUGGACGUGGACAUGGACGUGGACAUGGACGUGGACUUGGACGUGGACGUGGACAUGGACGUGGACGUGGACAUGGACGUAGACGUGGACGUGGACGUGGACAUGGACGUGGACGCGGACGUGGACGUGGACAUGGACAUGGACGUGAACGUGGACAUGGACGUGGACGUGGACAUGGACGUGGACGUGGACAUGGACGUGGACGUGGACAUGGACGUAGACGUGGACGUGGACGUGGACGUGGACGUGGACGUGGACGUAGACGUGGACGUGGACGUGGACGUGGACAUGGACGUGGACGUAGACGUGGACGUGGACAUGGACGUGGACGUGGACCUGGACGUGGACGUGGACGUGGACGUGGACAUGGACGUAGACAUGGACGUGGACGUGGACGUGGACCUGGACGUGGACGUGGACGUGGACGUGGACGUGGACGUGGACAUGGACGUGGACGUGGACGUGGACGUGGACGUUGACGUGGACGUGGACCUGGACGUGGACGUGGACGUGGACGUGGACAUGGACGUGGACAUGGACGUGGACAUGGACGUGGACGUGGACAUCGACGUGGACGUGGACGUGGACGUGGACAUGGACGUGGACAUGGACAUGGACAUGGACAUGGACAUGGACAUGGACGUGGACAUGGACAUGGACAUGGACAUGGACAUGGACAUGGACAUGGACAUGGACAUGGACAUGGACGUUGACAUCGACGUGGACGUGGACAUCGACGUGGACGUGGACAUGGACGUGGACAUGGACAUGGACAUGGACAUGUACGUGGACAUCGACGUGGACGUGGACAUGGACGUGGACAUCGACGUGGACGUGGACAUGGACAUGGACAUGGACAUGGACGUGGACAUGGACGUGGACAUGGACGUGGACAUGGACGUGGACGUGGACGUGGACGUGGACGUCGACGUGGACGUGGACGUGGACGUGGACGUGGACAUGGACGUGGACGUGGGCGUGGACGUGGACGUGGACGUGGACGUGGACGUGGACGUGGACGUGGACAUGGACGUGGACGUGGACGUGGACAUGGGCGUGAACGUGGACGUGGACGUGGACGUGGACGUGGUCGUGGACGUGGACGUGGACGUGGACGUGGACGUGGUCGUGGACGUGGAUGUGGACGUGGACGUGGACGUGGACAUGGACAUGGACGUGGACGUGGACAUGGACGUGGAUGUGGACGUGGAAUUGGACGUGGUCGUGGACGUGGACGUGGACGUGGACGUGGACAUGGACGUGGACAUGGACAUGGACGUGGACGUGGACAUGGACGUGGACGUGGACUUGGACGUGGACAUGGACGUGGACGUGGACGUGGACAUGGACGUGGACAUGCAUGCUUGA